UGCAAGCCUCCGACGCCCACCAAUCGCGCGUCGUUAUUACAAUGGCUCCCAUCAGAAUUCCUCAUAGAGCGCUCUCCCGAUAAUAAAACUGAAGAAUUCAACCUUAGCUAAGAAGAAAGAGAAAACGAAGUAGAGGGAAGAUCUUACUCUGGUUUUUCUUCUCUCACGAAUCUGGAGAUCCCCAGGAGAUUUCAAUAGAAACCAUUUACAUCUCUUGUUAUGGAUCUAAAUCCGGGUCGCCUGAUUCCUAUAUAUAUCAGACAAGGUUGGCCUGAUGUAUCCGUUUGAAUUUAUCGAAAUCGAGCCUGCGGAAAAUUAUGCCAAUCCAAAGACAUGCUUCUUUCAUGUUUUCUUCAAGGCUGCAGCUUUGGCGUUCUACAUUCUUUCUGCCCUAUUCUUUAGUAGCUUUGUCGUCAUUUUUGUGGUUACAGUGCUUCUUGCUGCUCUUGAUUUUUGGGUAGUGAAAAAUGUCAGUGGACGGAUAUUAGUUGGUCUGAGGUGGUGGAAUGAAAUAGAUGAUCAGGGUGAAAGUAUCUGGAAAUUUGAAUGCCUUGACCAAGAGUCAUUGGCUCGAAUGAAUAAGAAAGAUUCAUGGCUUUUCUGGUGGACCCUUUACCUUACGGCAGUUGCUUGGAUCUUCCUUGGAAUAUUUUCAAUCAUAAGGUUUGAACCAGAUUAUCUCCUAGUUGUAGGAGUUUGUUUGAGCCUCAGCAUUGCAAAUAUUGUUGGCUUCACUAAAUGCCGCAAAGAUGCCAAGAAGCAGAUUCAAGCAUUUGCCUCUCGGACUAUUGCCUCUCAUGUUUCAUCAACAUUACAGUCAGCAUUUAGUGUCGUGUAAGUUGUUUAUAUGGAAAAUGAAAAAAAAAUGGAAAUAAAAUGUAAUUGCUGCAUAGUUGAGAUAAUGAGGAAGGGAGGUGGCACCUGAUCUGGGUGCAAGCUUUUUUUUUUUUUCUGCUCUUGCCCAUUUUUUAAUGAAAUUGCAAAGCAAACAUACAUAACAAAGUGUUUUUCCAUGCUCACAAUUAGUUAUAGAUGUUUUUGGAUCAUUUAUUUGAGAUUUCCAAUUUGUACAAUGAAGAAAAGGAAAUGUAAUGCAAGAAGUAGAAUGGUUAUGUAAA